ACCGACACUGAUCUGUCAUAGAAACGAAGAAACAAUAUGGCGGUGUUCGAGCUGUUAAACACAUGAAUAUGUAUUUUACGUGCGAUAAUGGAUAAUAAAGACCCGGGUUAAGACUAAAUAAUACCCGGGUAUAACAGCCAGUUCGCUUUUGCAGCAUUCUAGUUGAGACAUGCAUUGUACGUGCCAUACAAUGGAAUGAUGUGAUAUUUACAUAUUCCCAUUUUGACACGACAAAAAGUAAUCUACAAACAUGAUGCGUCAAAGCAGGAUAAGAACGAAUACCCCGUCUCUGUUUGCAUGUGCGGACAAGGUCAAGAUCCCCCAGCUGGGAUCGGAGGACACUACCACCUCCUUGGAUCUCAUGAUCGCCCGCAGAGGAGGUCGGGAACCAACAUCGGUUGUAUUUCGUACAAAUCAGCUUAAAGAUGAACCAGUACAAAAAGAUUACCUGAAAAAAAUCAGCACAGAUAUAAGAUUUGAAGAAGAAGUGGUCAAAGAUCGCUGCUUUCAUAUGCUACCCUAUGAAGAUAAAUAUUUUUAUGAAGCUUUAAAUCCAUAUGAUCUGGUUGCACCAAGACCUAAAAUGAAGAUACCUCCGGGGAGACAUGAUGCAAGAAACACUGACAGACGUCACAUGCCCUGCAAUCUCACUGUCUCCACUAAGCCACAGUUAAAACCACUCAAAAGGAAGAUCAUGGAAAAAGCCAUGCAAAUGCACAAAGAUGCGUUGAGGAAAGCUGCACUUGAAGAACAACAGUUUGAUCAAAUUUUGAGGGGCAGUCAGGAAGAUUUAGGUGGUUUUUUCAUGACUGAAGUGAAAUCAGACAAAGAACUGAAGAAGAAAGAAAGAAAACCAGUUUCUGGUCGAAAGGAGGUUGAGAAACCACUAUCAAGUAGAAAAGACAGCAGAAAGGAAACACCAGUUUUGACAUCUAAACCAGACAUUGAAAAAAUAGAAGAAUUGCCAGAAGCACCUAGCCCGACAAAGUCUGAGAAAAAAAAGCUUGUAGAAUUACCAGAUAUUCCUAUUCUGGAAGAGAAAGACUUUGAUUGGGAUGGUUUUGUUUUGUCAGAGAUUAGCAAAUCAUCAGCAAGCUGGCUUGUAUAUGAGAGGAUGAAGACAGCUGAAGAUAAAGAAAAGAUGCAAGCCAUGUAUGAGGGGUGGUACGGGAAGCCAGACCACAGUGAGUUCCUCAGAGAGGCGAUGAAUGCCGCAGAAAAAGAGGAAAAGGGUGAUGACGUCAAACCAAAAAAGAAAUGGAAGAAAAAAGAAGCAACCUUGCUGGCAAAGGUUUACAACAUUGAAAGUGCCAAGCCUGAAGCCAAUGACCCGUAUUCAGAGGAAAACAAAGCUCCGUUCUACAGACAGCCAGCAGGCAUACGGCGUGUCAAGAAAAUGCAGGAGAAAGAGGAUGCAGCUGUAUUUGACUUAAAUGUUAUAGGACAAAAAGGUGCAAUUAAUGCUACUGCAGACAUCACAAUCAAGUCGUACACCCCGCCUCCGCUGCCAACGCUUCGUGACCACGUCAAUCCUGCGGUUGGCGACAAACUCUUUGAUACAGACAACAUGUUUGAACAGGAAUGGCUUACUGGUGCUGAACAAAUCCAUGAGAUGAAAGGAGACAACACAGAAAUUUAUAUGAGCACGCAGAAUCGGUAUCGUAAACAGCUACAGAACCAGUACCCUAAUCCUCCCGAGGACUGGUACCCUGAAACCGACCAGGAAAAGUACAGCGUUAACAAGCCAAGUGUCAAGAAGGUGGAGAGAGGUCUGCAGCGAUGGCACAAACUGCCAGUGGAAACAGAUGACCUGGACGGCCGUAUAGUGCCCCCUGGGUAUGACCCCGAGUACCACAGGUCACCCGACCCCACCACCCGGAGGAUCACCAGGAAUAACCAGGCUCUCACACAAGUCAUCGAUGAAUGGAGAGCUAAGUGGCAUCUGAGUGGUCAAUUGGCGGACAGUACUACGGAUGACCUCAUCAAAGACAUGGCUGACAUCCAAACACACGUCCGACUUAAAUCCAUAGCAACCAUUGCCAAGGCAGCAGAGAUGCAACGAGCUAACGCGAACAGGGAUGACUUUGAGUAUGCACCUCAAGAAAACCAGUUUAACUUCCCGUUAGGCGACGGGGAGAUUCCAGAACGUCUGUACGUGGCGUUGGAAUGUUUGUUGGAAGAUGCUGAGCAGCAUGUCCAGAUUGCUGCAGCCAUUACACUGUACUCCCUUAACAGGCCGUCUGAUAAGGCUAAAGUAAUUUUGCACAUUGCCCUGGAGAGUGAGAACUUGGUUGAUCGCUGGGCGGCUGCCCAGUGUCUGGCUCACUUUGGUGUUUGUAACUCCCUGGUGGUAGGGGAGGUAAUCCACCAACUCCUCAUCACAGAGGAUACAAUCAAACAUGAAAAGGCCAUUUUUCUGCUUGGCAAGCUCAGUUUGUUCUCGCCCCUGGUCCAUGGUAUGGUGGCGGAGCAGCUCAACAGCAGUAGCUGGAGACACAAAGUGAUCGCCUGUAAGAUCUUACCCACUCUCAGCGGUACCAUCAACAAGGAUAUCACUAACAAGUUGGCUGACCUGAUGUGGAAUGAUUGGCAUGAAGAUGUACGUAAAUCAGCGGCCCAGUGUCUGGGUAAGACCAGCCACGGCAAAGAGGUCCACGACGAUAUGUGUAACCGCCUCCUCACAGGCGACGAGAUGACACGUCUUGAGGCCAUCAACAAGAUCGGACAGCUCGGUAUAAUGACAGCCAAAUUAUUGCCAGUAUUCCUGAAAAGCUUUAAGGAUGAGUAUGUGUCCAUACGGUCUGAAGUGUGCAUCACAUGUGGUAACCUGGAGAUCAAGGACGAGUUAGUGCUAGAACAACUCCUCAAACUAUCCACGUUUGAAACCAUUUGGAAGGUCAAGGCCUUGGCUAUACAGGCCUUUGGUAAGAUAGGAGUUGUAACAGAGGAGAUCACAGAGACAUUACUGUGGGCUGUGAGGUAUGAGGAAAACGCUGCAGUAAGGGCUGAAGCUUGUCACACUCUCAUGUGCCUAGAGCUGAAGACCCCAGAGGUCGCAGAGGUUCUACAGGAACGCUUCCUGGUGGAGUCCAGCGAUGUUGUUAGAGACGAGAUUGCUAAGACUCUGGAGAUGUUUGGAAUUAAUGCCACAGAGGAUAUGGACAUGGUGGCCCAGAUCAAGAAUGAAGUCCGCAAACUUUGCACACGCAAUAAUAUUGCUGCACAGAUCACCAUCAAAGAGAAAGACGACACCAAACGUGAAAACCUGGCUCGAAUGAUCUAUGAAUCGGAGAAAGAGCUUAAGAAUUUCUUCCAUAGACAUAACCCUUAUAAGGAGAUGAGGCUGAGAGUAGAUGACAAGAAACCACUCUUCCCCUCCCCACUAAUUCACAGUCACAGUUUCUCAUACUCCAGAUUGUGUAGUGUGACUAAAUUUGAGCAUGAACAGGAGAAGGAGCCGAUGAUGCAGAGAAUUCGCUCAUCUAUGAGUCAGGCCAGUAGUCGUUCAACCACGCCCCAUCCUCGCAUACUUGUCAAUGAAUCAGGGCCAGAGACAUCAGCUCGUGAAAUGCUCACUCCUACAGCUGAUGAGGAACUGAAACAGAUACUGUCACGUGAAGACACAAGCACCUCACCCGACACAACAUCGGAGAUGGAGUCCACACCUGGACUAAAGUCACGACAGUCCACAGUUGAUGAGGAGUCCGAUUGGGAAUCUUCCCGGCCACGAUCAAGUAGGAUGGAUAAAAUAUCAGAGAGGGCCGAUGGAAGCCUCAGUCAGAGUUUGGGGGAGGGCAGCGAAAUUGGAGGCGAGGAAUCAGACAAGGAAAAGGGCAUAGAAGAAAAAGAUGGCCGGCCAGCAAGUGUUGUUAAGUUUGCCUCUAAUUUAGAAAUUAAUGAUAUUCCAUCAAACAAGGAAAAGUUGAGCAUGUCUCCGACCAAGUCUGGGCAUGGUGAAGGAGUAUCACGACUCAGUAGUAGGGCGCCCGGUUCCGAGAUAAGGGCAUUUAGUAGGGACGCCAUUAAAGAGCGUGACGUCAUUGACAGGGAGGCCAGGAAUGAUUAUGCUGGACUUGAUGAGCGGUAUCAUGAAAUGAUUGAUGACUUAGAUAUUGUGGAUAAUACCUAUGAAAUUCUUGUCACUGGUAGAAGACCUGAAGAAAAAGUACAGAUAAUAACGUUCAUCACAGAUCCCCCUGAGGAACACACACUGGCUGCUGAUGUGGGUGCAGCAGACGAAAGUAUCCCAGUGGAAGAAGAGGAGGUUGUUGAUGACCCACUGCCAAAGUCAGAAUCUGAUCCCAAACAGCAGGCACCAGAGGCUGAUCCAAAACCAACAGAAAAAUAGGCGUCUGGUCCAACAUUUGUGUUUAAGAAAUAGUGCUGCUGUGCCCUAUGAGCUACUUUAUCCUAUGUCCUGGCCUCAUCACCAUGGAAAUAUUUGGAUUUGUACAGCAUGGUCACAGGACAGCUUUUUUUUGUGGAAAACAUUGAACUGUUCAAAACAAGUACUGUUUACCAUACAAUAAUCAGCAUUGUAAGAGUUGCCUUAAUUUAUCUAGAACUAAUGUGCAUGUAAAAUUUAUACAAAAGAAACCUGCCGUGGAUUUUUCCAGAAAAUGUUAUUUGUGAUUUCUUUUUCUAACAAUUUAACUUCUUUGCUUCUGGUGUGGCUGUUUGAAUACAAAAUUCUGUUAAAUGCAUCUGGUAAAAAAUCAGUAAGUUCACUGCACAUGCUCGGCUUUAUUCAGGAAAAGUGCAUAUUUACUAUUAACACAUUCCCGGUGGGAUUUCAAUUUUUUUCAAUUGAAGAUAAUCAUAUAUGAAAGGCACAUAUCAACUGAAAUUCGUGAAAUUUUAUGACUAUACAAAUCACAAGUUUGAAUUAAGGUAGCAUAUAUCUCUUAAAACUUAUUAUACAUGGUAAAUUAUACAGACCCAUAUUAUGUUGUAAUGUGACUUAAAAGCUGUUCUAUAAUAUAAACCUAACUGACUGUGAUAUUUUGUUUGUUUACAAAGUUUGCAAAAGAUUUAUUUACAAUGGAGAUAUACUUUAAAUAUAUAUAAUUGUAUACAUUGAUGUUCGUCAUUCUAGCUACAGACUUGACAUGUAGUAAUUAAAUGCAAUAUAAAAAUUCAGA